AUGGUCCUUUUAAAUGGAAAACGAAAAUAUAUCGCGGUUGUAGCGAUAUUUUACAGUUUUAUUAUUUUAUUAGUUAAGGAAAAGUUUCCUUAUAUAUGCACCAAAAAAAAGUCUCAUACUAUUAGUAAUAGAAUUCUUCAUGAGGAUUUAAACAAUUUUAUAUCCAAAGACAUUUUUAGACGCGAAGAUAUAACUCUUAAUAAUCUCAAUUUUAUUCAGACAAAAUUAAAAAAUGAUAAGGAUGGUGAAAUUAUAGAAAAUAAUGAUACAGAGAAUGUUGAUGAUAAUAUAUUUCAAAGAAUGUAUAAAUUUGUUCAAAACUUUUUUUACGGAAAUAAAAAAAAUAAUACAAACCAAUCCAUGAAAUAUAGAAAAUAUGAACAUUUUAAUAAAAUAAAUGACAUUUAUGAAUUUAUGAGAAACAAUGGAUUACCAAUUAGUACAACCUCAAUAUGUUUAAUAGACACUGGAUUGGAUAUUAAGGAUGAAAUAAUUAACCAUUUUUUAAACAAUGAUAUUAGUACAUAUAAUAGUGAUACAUUUCAUUCCGUCAAUAUAAAUUAUAAAAGUUCUGAUUCAUUUAAUUUUGAAAUAAAUACCGAAAAAAUUGACGACGAUGAUUAUCCUGAAUAUGAGUCUACAUUUUUGGAGGAUAAUGAUGGAGAUGGAUCAUAUGAAGCUAAUUUGAUAAUCCAAGGUGAUCCAUUAAAACGGGUAGAAAAAAAAUAUGAAAAAAAUAUGGAUUUACAAAGAAGUGGUAUACAUGUAGAAACAUGCAAAGCAUUUGAUAAUAGUAAAGAAAAAAAAAAUAUCUCGGAUAUAAUUCCUAUAAUUAAAUGUCUAGAAUAUUGUAAAACAAAAAACGUAAAAAUAAUUCAUAUAGAUUAUAAUAUAAAUGAAAAAAAUGAGGAAUUAAUACAAAUUAUAGAAGAUUUAAAAAAUUCAGGAAUAUUUGUAGUUUUACCAUCGAAAGGGUUAGUUAAUAAAAAGUCUUAUGAAGAUAAUUCUGUAAUAUAUCCAUCUUCAUUUUUUGAAAAUUUGGAAAAUGUUUUUUUUAUUGGAUCACUGAAUUAUUUGGAUGUCCUUUCUGAUGACGUUAAUAUUGUUUCUAAUUCUCAAACUCAAAAAAAUGAAUAUUUAAAAUACCGAAAAAAUUAUGUUUUCCUUUUCGAUAGUAUAAAUGGCAGUUUAAAAAAGGGAAACGAGCAUGAUAUAUCCUAUUAUGAAGUUAGAUAUGAUUCCGCAUUUUUUAUAAAUAUACUAACAACUAUCCUAAAUAUAUAUCCAAAUAUAUCUAUUAAUGAGUUACGAAAUAUGUUAAAUUAUUCAAUAAUGUCAAAAGAAACAGAAGAAUUAAAAACAUACGAUAUUUUUGAAGGCUAUUUUGAGAUAAAUAAAUUUAUUCAUGCUUUAUUAAAUGGGGGAAUUGAUUUGUCUGGUUCCGUUCGAAAAUAUAAAGAUGUAACACCGAAAGAGUUCAUGAAUGAAGAAUCAGUUUCAGAGAAUCAGGAAGAUGAUGGAGUAGAAGCAGAAGAUGAUGCCAGAGAAGCAGAAGAUGAUGCCAUAGAAGCAGAAGAAGAUGCCAUAGAAGCAGAAGAAGAUGCCAUAGAAGCAGAAGAAGAUUCAUCUGCGGAUGUCUAUUAUGACAAAGAUGGGGCCGAUGAGGAUACAACAAAUGAGGGGGGCGAAUUAGGUGAACAUAGUGAGAAAUUAUUAGAGGAAGAAAAUUUUGAAGAGAUGGAAAAAUAUGAGAUUGAAGAUGACACACCCAAAGAUUUAGAUAGUGUUAAGGAAAAUGAUAUUUAUGUUUUUGAAAAUGAGACCCCAUUUAAUAGCAGUUUUAUGCAAAUAAAUAAUGACGAUAAAGUACGAUCAAAAUAUGUAGACAAUUUCGAAGAGGGAAAUUAUAGACCUCAAUAUGAAAUGAAUAGAUAUCCUACAUUUUCAGAAGGCAGUUUGAGAGGUAGACAAAAUAUGCAUAAUGCUCAGAUGGUAAAUGGCGAUAUAAAUUAUUCAGGAAAUGUAAAUAAUAUAGAAGAAUUAUAUGACAACAAUUUUGAAGGUUAUAGAGGAAAUAAUUUAAAUCCAGAGUAUAAUAAAAGUUAUGACAAUAAUAAGAAUAUAAAUAGUGAAUUUGGAGUUUUAAAUAAUUGGAGAAAAAAUAAUGAGGGAUCAUCAUAUUUGAGUGAUAGUGAAGAAGCUCAUAAUCCAUUUGAAUGGAUGGACAUGCAAGCAGGUGAUAUAUAUCGAGAUAAAAAAAAUCGGUUAAAGGAAAAUAAUUAUGAUAAUGAUGAAACAGAAAUAAGAAGAAGGAGAAGAAGAAGAAGAGGAGAAGAGAAUAAACAAGGUCGCUAUAUGAAGAAUCGAAAUAUGCGGAAAACAAAAAAAUUUGGACGUGAUGGAAAAAAUAGAAGAUACAUAAAUAGACAAGAUAAAAGACGGAUAAAUGAGGAAAGUAAAUAUAAUAAUAGUAUAGUAAAAAGGCAAGAAAUGAAAUCAUAUAAUAAUUCACAAAAAGGUUCGAAAAUAAUUCCAAGAAAGUAUUCUAGAUAA